AUGCAGCGUCCUGCCGCGCGUUAUCACAAACUCACUGACUAUAUAAACUUGUGUGGCAGGCGCGUGGGACUCGCAGUGCUGCAGCCGCGUUUCAAGUUUACGCUCAUCACUUGGCUAACGGGCUUUGUGAUUGUUAAUUAUGCAAUAUUUUGCAGUCUAUGGAUUUGCAUUUGCAUGCAGCGUGAUUGGCGCGAAACCUUCAAGUCGUGCAUUAUGAUGGGCGCACUGGCGCGCGGCAUAAGCGAAUAUCAAAUGGUUAUACGCAAGCAGCCCGAGAUCAAACGCCAAAUUCUCUACAUGCGUCACACAUUUCUAAAGUUCGAGCGCCUCGGCGACGACUAUGUGGCGGCGCUUAACUUGGGCGUUGAUCGUUUGCAAGGAUUAAUGCGCUUCAUACGCAACGGUUAUUACGUGUCCUAUUCCAUCAUGAGUGCGGCGCCGCUUAUGCUGCUCUACUACAAUGGCACGCGUAUGAGCAUUAUGCAGUUUGAAAUUCCUGGAGUGUCGCUGGAGCACAAUCUGGGAUUCACCAUCACAUAUCUAACCCAAUUGUUUUCCAUGUUUGUGGCUGGCAAUGGGUUCUAUGCAGGCGAUUUGUAUGUUCUAGGUGGAUUAACGCAAAUCUUAACGCUCGCACAUAUUUUCCGCAUCAAAGCGCACAAACUGAAUGCAGCACUCGAAAGAAAAUCACAAGCUCGACGUGCAGCACGCGUGGGCGCCUUGAUUGAGGGCGAUGAGCAGCUCUAUAGCCUGCUGCUUGAUUUGAUAUUAUGGCAUAAAGAGUUUACCAAAUACUGUUACGAUGUGAACAAGCUGUACUAUAAUCUAAUCACAACGCAAGUAUUGACUGCGGGCAUUGGCACGCUUAGCACUGUGGUUGUCAUACUGGGCGGCUUUCAUUUGAUCUCGGGCAUUUACUUUCUGGUCAGCGUCUAUAGCAUGUUUGUCUAUUGCGUUAUGGGCACCAAAAUUGUCUACGCUUAUGAGGAAUUAUAUGAGAGCAUAUGUUGCAUUAAUUGGCAGGAGCUUAACAUAGCUCAACGCAAAAUGUUUGGCUUUAUGCUAAACGCAGCGCAGCGACCGCACACGAUUGUUAUGCUGGGCAUGGUGCCGCUAAGCGUUAGCACAGCGUUGCAGAUAACAAAACUCAUUUACAGCCUGGUGAUGAUGAUGCGACAGCGCAGCAACUAAGAGAGAGAGAGAGAGAGAGCAGCACAGGUUGAGCA